AUGGGUGUCCCGGCGUUUUACCGAUGGCUCUCGGUGAAAUACCCGAAAAUCAUCGCCGACGUCGUAGAAGAUGAAGUCGUGGAUAUCAACGGGAAUAAAGUGUUCGUGGAUUCCUCGAAAUCGAACCCGAACGGGCAGGAGUUUGACAAUCUGUAUCUCGACAUGAACGGGAUCAUCCACCCGUGUUUUCACCCGGAGGACCGACCGCCACCGACGACGGAGGAGGAAGUGUUUUUGAACAUUUUCGAGUACAUCGAGAGAUUGUUUCUCAUGAUUCGACCGAGGAAGGUUUUAUACAUGGCCAUCGACGGCGUCGCGCCGAGAGCGAAGAUGAAUCAACAGAGAAGUCGGAGAUUUCGAGCGGCGCAAGAAGCCGAGGAGAAGAAAAUCGAAGAGGAAAAGUUGAGAGAGAAAUUAAGAAGAGACGGGAUCGAGGUACCGCCGAAAAUUGAAAGCGGCGUUUUUGAUUCCAACGUGAUUACUCCGGGGACGCCGUUUAUGGGACGAUUAGCCGAAGCGUUAAAAUUUUACGUGCGAAAGAAACAAAAUACAGAUAAAGGGUGGAAAAACAUCAAAGUUAUCGUGAGCGACGCGAGCGUUCCGGGAGAAGGCGAGCACAAAGCGAUGCAUUACAUUCGGCAACAGAGAGCGUGUGCGAAUGGCGGCGGGUACGACCCAAACACGCGACACGUGGUGUACGGUUUAGACGCCGAUUUAAUUAUGUUGGCUUUAGCGACGCACGAACCGCAUUUUCAUAUUUUACGCGAAGUUGUCUUUCAACAGAAACCAAACGAAUCGGCGCAAAACGGGGGCGCUGGUGCGAUCGAUAAAAACGCGAAGCAAAUUGCAAUCGCGAGGAAACCGUUUCAAUUAUUAUCGGUGACCAUAUUACGGGAAUAUUUGGCGUUAGACUUGAGUCCGCACGUUUUACCGCAGACGUUUACCAUCGACCGCGAACGGUUAUUCGACGAUUUCGUCUUUAUGUGCUUCUUCGUCGGGAACGAUUUUUUACCUCAUUCGCCGACGUUGGAAAUUCGAGAAGGCGCGAUUGAUUUAUUGAUGACCAUUUAUAAGCAGGAGUUGGGGAAUUUAGGCGGACAUUUAGUCGAAGACGGAACGCCGAAUUUACGCCGGGUCGGACAAUUCGUGCGAGCCGUGGCGCAAUUCGAGGAACAGAUUUUCCAAAAGAGAGCGAAACGCGAGGCGCAGAUGCGUUCGAGAAGGAAACGCGAGAAAGACAUGUCCAGACAGUUUUAUAAGAAGAACAAUCAAGGCAGUUUGGUUGGUAAAAGUGCUUUGGGUGGAUCGAUAAACGCGUCCGAUCGCGCGCCGGCGUAUAUCGCGGCAAACACGAAAGGUGUGAAACGUAAAUCAGCUCAAUUUGCCGAGGUGAAACCCAUUGGGAGAGACGCCGAGGCGAAUGUUUCCGCCGCGGCCGCGUUGAAAGCGAAGUUGUUGGGAAAGAAAGUCGCGUUGGAAUCUGAAAAAGCGUUAGCGAAAGAACAAAAAGAAGAAGAAGAAGAAGAAGAGAUCAAUGACAAAGGGAAGAAGAAAGCGAAAAGUACAACCAAAGUUAAAGAAGAAGAAGAAGAAGAGAAAGACGAGACCAAGAACAGAGUCAAAAACGCGAGCGAUUUGUUCAACGAAAUCAAGAAAGAAGAAGUCAAACAGGAAGGCGAAGAUUCUGGAUUUGAAUCCAUCGAAACCGACGACGACGUGCCGUUUGAGUUUGUCCAAGCAACCGGUGCGGACGCGAGGCCAGGAGAUUGGCGGUGUCCGUCCGGUUGCGGCGACAUGCAAAAAACGCGCAAAUCGUGUUUUCGAUGCGGAUGUCCGAAACCGUCGGAAAUCCCUCGGUUGAAAAAAGGCGACGCGAUGGAAAAAGCGGUGUUUUUGAAACAAUUGGACGAGCUGUUGGAGAAGAAGAACGAUCGCGAGGACGAGAUGGAAGCGGAUAACAUUCGAUUAGGGGAAAUUGGAUGGAAAGAACGGUAUUACGACGCGAAGAUGGGGUCGCACGAUUUAAACUCGCGACGAAAAGUUGUUCGAGGCAUGGUGGAAGAGUUCAUAAGAGGUUUACUGUGGGUCUGUAAGUACUAUUACGAGGGGUGUUGCUCUUGGGGUUGGUUUUAUCCGUACCAUUACGCGCCGUUCGCGACGGAUAUGGUGGAUUUAGAACUCAUCUCCACAGAAUUCGAGCUUGGAAAACCUUUCAAACCGUUCGAUCAGUUGAUGGGCGUGUUACCUGCGGCUUCCGCGCACGCGUUACCUCCGGCGUUUUACCCGUUGAUGACGGAUGAGGACAGUCCAAUCAUCGAUUUCUACCCGAAACAUUUUGAUUUGGACAUGAACGGCAAACGCUUCGCAUGGCAAGCAGUGGCACUGUUACCGUGGAUCGAUGCCGACCGUUUACUCACGGAAACACGAAAUUUGGAUUGCACGUUAACGCCGGAAGAAGCGAACCGAAACACGAUCAACAUCGAGCUCUUAUACGCGCACGAACAACUUUCAAUUUCCAAGUGCAUGUUGAAAAUCGCCAACGUCGCGUCGAAAAUUGACGACGAGGAUAUUCGCGAAAAAUGUGCGCUGAAAAUCCCCGCUGCUGAUGCCGACGGCGCGUGUGGUGAAGUGCUCCCUUUGAAAACCUUGGACGGCGAUUGUUGCCCGAAACAGAUCGAGUCGCCGAUGAUGCGCGAAGAGAAUAUCAACGAGAAUAGGGUUGUUUGCGCUCGGUAUCGAUUAGGCACGACGAAAGUGCCGCCGAGGUUGUUGGAAGGUACGGUGUUACCGAAACCUAUAUUAGACCAGAGCGACGUGCCACCACCACCAAAACUCUUCAUCGAAGAUUCUCGUUUGCGCGUGAACGUCGUAAGAACGAACGGGAACUCCGCCGGUUUGAACGACGCCGGUAAACGCAUCCUCAUGCAGUCUUUGCAGAUGCAACAACGAGGAGGCGUCAUGAUGCCACCGCAACAACACGGCGCGUAUCAGCAACCUCCCCCGCAAUACUACCAGCAAAUACCACCAAACCUGGCGUACGCUCAACCACCACCACCACCGCCGGGUACGGGAGGCGCCGCCGCCGGAUACUAUCAACAACCGCCUCCCGGAGGAGGAUACGCGCCCGGCGGUAAUCGAUUCGCGGCGUUACGAAGACCUCCACCGCCACCGCCUCCACCCGGUAAUUGA